AUGGCAGUUUGGGAGCCCACAAGGAUGAAGUCGCAGCUGCGGCUAACCGCUCAGAAGCUGGGGCAGCUACAAGACAAGAUGGAUGCUCAAUCACAGGUUACACGUAGAGACAUUGCCAUACUCCUUCAGCGAGGCAAUAUUGCACUCGCACGAGUCAAGGCCAGGAAGCUCAUGAGUGCAGGGAUUCUGGAGGACCUCUUGCAGACUCUGGAAAUGCACGUCGGGGUAGUUCUUGGGCACCUAAGCGAGUUCGAUCGAAGUCAGGCGUUGUCUCCUGUCUUGCUCGAAGCAUGCGCAAGUAUUGUAGCUGCCGCGCCUCAAGUCGACUCGAAAGAGCUUCGAGUGGUACAAGAACUCCUCGUCUUGCGCCUUGGAUCCGACUUCGUACGGAUCAUCAAUAAUCACAUAUCAAAGAGGGUCAAGGCCGCGUUAUUGGCACGGCCGCCAUCGGCGCAAGAGGCAGAUCAAUAUCUCUAUACUAUCGCACAAGCUCACGGAGUACAGUGGCUGCCAGAUUUGCAACCAAAUGAGAAACUAAACGCAAUCUCUGAGAUACUUGACCCAUCAUCUGCCACGUUGAUUGAUGUUACUUCACUUCGGAUACUAUGUUCUCAUGGUUUGCCUGAUCAUCCUUCAUGGCUCAGACCGCGCGUAUGGAAGCUUUUAUUAGGUGUACUGCCACAGGAUAAGAUGCGCUGGAAUGAACAAAAUCGUAAGAAUCGGGAAAAUUAUUAUGACCUUGUUCGUCGCUUACUCGAACCGUUUUCUAGACUUUCAGCACCGACAAGUCCAUUCGGAUCUCUAGAUGCGUCACUCGUGAACGUCUCAAAAGAGCUCUCUCAGGUACCUCCAAAACUUAUGGUUGGGCUACAAGAGGCUCCUGAGGCGUCUUCUCUUUGCCCCUUCGAUGAUACUGCUGCUGAUGAAUUCAAAAUACCCCACGCCAACAAUUUGGAUUCAAGGCUUCGCGUAAUACGGGAAAUUGAUGCGGAAGUGGCUGUAUCUUCCAAAGAGACCGAGGAUGACCAUUCCAAAAGUACACCCGAAAUUCGUCUAGACGAACCCGAGAUAGCUUCCAAUCAGCAGAAUAUGGAGCAGUCCGAGAGCACGGGCUCUGUGACACAGCCCCCAUCUGACUCAUUGUCAUCGACUCGUUCUGCUGUAUCCACCACCCUAUUGCCUUCGCGCUCAUUGAGCGCACAUCAUAGGCAUGUAUCUUCACUACUGAGGCUGCUGUACGUGCACUCGUGCCUAAACCCUGCCAAUCAAUCACCACAUAUCGCGUCGCUACUUGUCCCCCUGUAUUCAACGCUUCUGGCGGAAGUCGCUCCCGAAGACGCCGCACAUGUAGAGGCAGAUACAUUCUGGGUGUUUGAAUCACUUGUCGGAGAAUUUGCGGAUCUGAAUGAUGUAGACGGUGGUAAUAUCUGGGCGCGCAAGUUUAGUGAGCGAUUAUGUUGGGCCGAUGCAGACCUAGCUGAUGAUUUGCAAACUAAAGGUCUAGACCCUGCGCUCCCCCACUAUUCUUUCCGUUGGCUGGUUCCCCUCUUGAGUCACACCCUUCCUCUUCCAUCCCUGCUCACGAUUUGGGAUGCGCUGUUUUCACGCCCCAUGAGGGAACGUGACGACAAUCCAAAGUUGAGCUAUCUGAUCGAUAUCUGUACUAGCAUGCUUCUCUGUACAAGACGUAUAUUACUAAGGCUGGGCACGCCUGGUCCCCAAAUGACAAAUGUCUGGUCAGAGGAGGUCCCGUCCACAACGCUUAGUUCUCGAGUGCUCGAAGAUGCUUUUGCGGAAGGCAUGAUCUUUCUGCAGCAGUGUCCUAUCGAAGCGGCCGGGGGUAUCGACGUCGUCUUACAAACGGCUUAUGACCUCACUCUCCAGAGGCAGGCUGAAGCAACUGCUACACAAAUGAAUGCUGGUGGCCUAGGUGCUCGAUUACGAGACACAGUAUGGAGAGGCUUCGCUGGACAUCCCACCAUCGUCGAAUCUCAGGAUGAAGAUGACGAUGACGAUGACGAUGACCCCGAUUCUACAGCUACCGAGGACGACAUGCCUACAGCACCGAGGACAACAAGCAUGACGUCGACUUUGACGGCUCGCUUCGCCGACACUGUUUGGCGAGGGAUCUCAAAUGAGGCCGCUAUGGAAGCUCCGCCCUCUCCUACCACUCCUGUCACUCCUUUGGCUCCUUCUCCAGAGCCUCGAGCGAAGCCGUUGCCUGAGAUGCCAUCGGAAGAUGAGUCAAAAGCAGACAGUUCAUCUUCAGCGCGAACCUCACUAUGGGGUUAUGCGGAAAAGCUGAAAGACUCCGAUGCGGCCGCAACAUUAGCUAAAGUCAGUACGAACUGGCGCAUGAAGGCUUUGGAUGCAUGGAGCAAGCGUUCGAGUGGGUCUUCAUCGACGUUCCUAUCACCGGCUGCGGCUGUGCGGCCGUCGUCGAUGGACUUGGAGACUAAACGCGCCUCUCUAACUGAGGAGUCACAGUCCAGACAUGUCAACGAUAAGCGAAGAGGGGGGUCGUUGCCAGCAAUAGAUCGUUCGGAUGCUUAUUCUCCUCCGGCUCGACCUGCCUAUUUCCGACCCCCAAGAGAUAGCAUGGUAUUCACCGGUUCUCGAUCUCCGCUCUCACCGAGCAAUGGUGAAAUUUCACCGUCCUCCGACACUGGCUCCAUAGGAAGUGCGGGGUUCAGGUCAUCGAUGUCGUUCAAAUCGCCGGAUAGCAGUAAAUCUACGAGCAAAUCUGGUCCACGACCUUUGCUUCUUAAUUCCGCUUCCUUAAUGACUUCUGGUCAUUCACGCUCACCGACGGUCACUCCAAUCUCAGGUGGUUCGGACCGCGCGUGGGCCGACAGCAUACGAGCGAAGCACUCGUCACCUAUUCGUAGAGACUCUCAGUCUUCAGUGUCUUCAAUCUCCCCUUCGGACCCUCGCAUACGAUCGAGAACUGGUGCGAGAGCUGAUCUGGAAUCAGAGACAGCAAUUAGCAGGAUUGUUCCUCUUCGUUCGGCGCGCUCUCCCAUCACCGUGGGUUCUAAACGAGUGACGCCUACUUCAUCAACGACUUCAAGUCCGCCUCCGAGAGUGCACCGGCGCAUGGGCACGGACACUUCUAUGAUGUCUACCAGCGAUGAUGGCCAGAAUGGCAGAAGUCGGGGGUACCAGAGCCAACCUGAAUCGCCUGCAACAGGUCCCUCUCCUCCGCCACCACGUACACCUGAUGCUUUCUCACCGACUACUCCCGACGUCAAGGUCAAUACGCAGGGGCCUCGACCUGAGUCCAUGGAUUUUAGUGACAUCAAUGAAUCCGGAUCUAACAAACCUACCGGUGGGCUGCAACAUCAACCAAAGGCAUAUCAGCUUCCUCGCUUGUCUGUAGGAGGCGACACGUCGGAUUCAUCUGGGACGCAGGCUCCCCCGCGUAGUCCGCACUCAAAGAUACGCCGUAUGCCCCCUCGAGUCAACACACGUUCAAAGGAUAGUUCGAGGGCGGAAAGCGGUACGGGCCAAAAUACACUUAGUGCGGAGAGGUCCGACGAUCCUGAUGCAGCAACGACUCCUCGGGCUCUAUCAUUUGAGACCACCGUAUUCCCCACUACGCCAGUAUCUCAACGAGCAACUAGACGUGCUCGCAAGACAUCAGGAAACGAUAUCGACGAAACCCCUACUCGCAAGAUGCCGGGAGACGGACGAGAACCCCGCGCGCGUAAGGUUUCCGCCGACGGGCACUCUGUUAAGUCUCGCAAGAUGUCCGGGGAGCGUGCACGUCACAACCGCGAUAUUUCGGCUGCGGAUGGCGACGACGAAGGAUACAAUGACCUUCUCAGUGCAUACGAAAGUGAAGAAAAUACUAACUAA